UGUCUGAUUAAAUGAGAAGGAAGUGUGGGAGUGGUAGUUUUGAAGCUCUCCCUUUAAGAGGCAGCCUGCAGUGACGAAUUGUUGAAAUUGCCAUUGCAGGAUGGCAUUCCGCUAUAAAUUCAUUGUUCCACCUCCUCUCAUCUUCACAUUUCUCUCCCUUCUCCUCUUGUUCACAUCGACAGACUGGGGAUAACAACCAGCAUUAGAAAGGGAGAAGUUGUUUUACAAAAUCCAGGGCAUUUUUUUUAACCAUCUCACCGGAGACGAUCGAGCCUUUUUUGGCGUAUGCUUCUUCUCCUCUCUUCAAACAAAAGGGGGCAAAGGAAGGCAAAGCACUAGCUUCUGAAAGUGCCGAUCUGCAUCGGAUCCCCCUGCCUCUGUUGAGGAAGAUGAUGCAGUGACUACAAGAGAGAAGUGGAAGAAGAGUGAAAAGUGCUCAAACUUCUCCGCUCGCCGGGUGUGAGCCUCACUUGUUUGCCGCCUGUUCAGCAGUUGUUUUAGGAUUGUGGUGUUCUCAUUCCAUGUGCUCCUGACUUUUCCCUGCAGAGAAACGCAAAGUUCAAACGCGAGCUGCCUUUGUUGACAUUUUUUUUCUUCCUCCCACUCACACUUGCUUCAACCUUGGGAGGAUUUUUUUCCCCUCUGAAGCUCCUCCGUUGAUCUCCACCGGCUGACUUUUUUUUUUUUUUAAGAGAGACAAAUAUGGUCCUGAAGUUUGUUUUCCUGCUGCUGGCUGCGGAGUUGCACUUUGCUGUUGCCAAGACCGGAGCUCCAACAGCAACAACAGCAGCACCUGCUUAUGAUAAAACCCAGCCGCCUCCCGGAGCAGCAGCAGCAGCAGCAUCCCCUCACCCUAGCCCCCAGCAGCUGUCCCGGACCAGCGGCCUGGUGCAGAACAUUGACCAGAUCUACUCCGGGGGCGGCAAGGUGGGCUACCUCCUCUACGCGGGGGGCAGCAGGUUCCUCUUGGAUCUGGAGAGGGACGAGCUGGUGGGUCCGCAAGCCCCUGUGCAGCAUCCCCGCGGCUGGGCUCACUGCUAUUACCGGGGCACGGUGGACGGCAGCACCCAGUCCCUGGCCGUAUUGAACCUUUGCGGGGGGCUGGAUGGCUACUUCGCGGUCAAACACGCCCGCUACACGGUGAAGCCCUUGCUCCGGGCCAAGGGGGCGGCCCCGCGACGGGUCUAUGGGCCCGGCUCCGCCCUGAUCCCGCACCUCUUCCGCAAGGACCAUUUCAGCUUCGAGACGGUGCCUUCGCGCCCCAGCUGCGAGACGCGCGGCUCCGGUCAGGCCCCGCCGCUGGGAGGCAAAGGCGGGCUGCAGGGGGGCCAGGAGCGCCCCGCCCAGCCCCAGCUGGCCACCAGUGCAGCGCUAGCCCCGGGGCCCUUUGCUCCGCCCGGCGCCGGGCGCAGGAGCAGGCGCUCCAUCUCCAGAGCCCGCCAGGUGGAGCUGCUGCUGGUGGCUGACGGCUCCAUGGCCAAGAAGUACGGCAAGGGCCUGCAGCACUACCUGCUGACCCUGGCCACCAUCGCCUCCCGGCUCUACGGGCACGCCAGCAUCGAGAACCCCAUCCGGCUGGCCGUGGUGAAGGUGGUGGUGCUGGGCGACAAGGAGAAGGGGCUGGAGGUCAACAAGAACGCAGCCACCACGCUGAAGAACUUCUGCAAGUGGCAGCACCAGCACAACCCACUGGAGGACGAGCAUGAGGAGCACUAUGAUGCUGCUAUCCUCUUCACCCGGGAGGAUUUAUGUGGGCAUCAUUCAUGUGAUACUCUGGGAAUGGCAGACGUUGGGACCAUAUGCUCUCCUGAGCGCAGCUGUGCAGUGAUUGAAGAUGACGGCCUCCAUGCAGCUUUUACAGUGGCUCACGAAAUUGGGCACCUGCUUGGGCUUUCCCAUGAUGACUCCAAAUUCUGUGAGGAGACCUUUGGCUCCAUGGAAGAUAAGCGCUUAAUGUCCUCCAUCCUGACUAGCAUUGAUGCUUCCAAACCCUGGUCCAAAUGCACUUCAGCGACCAUAACUGAAUUUUUGGAUGAUGGUCAUGGGAACUGUUUACUCGACCAACCACGAAAGCAGAUCUUGGGCCCUGAGGAGCUUCCAGGACAAACGUACGAUGCCAUUCGUCAGUGCAAACUGGCAUUUGGACCCGAGUACACAGUGUGUCCUGGCAUGGACGUAUGCUCUCGUCUGUGGUGUGCAGUUGUUCGCCAAGGUCAGAUGGUGUGUCUGACCAAGAAGCUACCUGCUGUGGAGGGGACACCAUGUGGGAAAGGAAGGAUCUGCCUCCAAGGAAAAUGUGUUGACAAAACGAAGAAGAAAUAUUAUUCGGCUUCAAACCACGGUAACUGGGGUUCCUGGGGCCCGUGGGGACAGUGCUCCCGAACAUGUGGUGGAGGAGUUCAGUUUGCCUAUCGUCACUGCAACAACCCAGCUCCUAGAAACAACGGGCGAUACUGCACUGGAAAGAGGGCCAUCUAUCGCUCCUGCAAUGUUGCAUCCUGCCCAGCAAAUGCUAAAGCCUUUCGACAAGAACAAUGUGAAGCAAGAAAUGGCUAUCAGUCUGAUGCAAAGGGUGUCAAAACGUUUGUUGAAUGGGUUCCUAAGUAUGCUGGAGUGCUUCUUGGAGAUGUGUGCAAGCUCACCUGCCGAGCCAAAGGGACGGGUUACUACGUCGUGUUUUCUCCAAAGGUGACUGACGGAACUGAAUGUAGGCCAUACAGUAAUUCAGUAUGUGUCCGGGGAAGAUGCAUUAGAACUGGUUGUGAUGGCAUCAUCGGUUCAAAGCUCCAAUAUGACAAGUGUGGGGUGUGUGGAGGAGACAAUUCCAGCUGCACGAAAGUCAUGGGAACCUUUAAUAAAAAGAGUAAGGGCUACACGGAUAUAGUGAAAAUACCCAUAGGGGCAACUCACAUCAAAGUGCGGCAGUUCAAGUCUAAAGACCAGAACAGAUUCACAGCUUACCUGGCCCUGAAGAGGAAAAAUGGUGAGUAUCUUGUCAAUGGAAAAUACAUGAUCUCCACUUCGGAAACAAUCAUUGACCUCAAUGGAACUGUCAUGAACUAUAGUGGCUGGAGUCACAAGGAUGAUUUCUUGCAUGCAAUGGGACAUUCUGCCACAAAGGAGAUUCUUAUAGUACAGAUUCUUGCCACUGACUUAACUAAAGCAGUGGAUGUCCGUUACAGUUUCUUUGUGCCAAAGAAGCAAACGCAGAUGACUAACUAUGUCACAAGCAAUAGCAACAGUAAUAAAGUAACACCACAGAUCACGCAGCCACAGUGGGUGACUGGACCUUGGCUUUCUUGUUCUCGAACAUGCGACACAGGAUGGCAUACCAGGACUGUCCAGUGCAAAGAUGGGCAUGGAAAACUAGCUAAAGGAUGUCUUCUCUCGCAGAGACCAUCAGCAUUUAAGCAGUGCUUACUAAAAAAAUGUUAACCUGUGGUUAUGAUCUUCUUAAAAAGAGGUCUAAGUAAGCCAUUGUUGACAUACUAGUAUUAGGUCUACCUAGACAGAUGAAGCCAAGGCUUCAAUAUACUUACAUACAGUCUCAAAUUAUGGGCAGAAUCUGCCUAUUUGGACCAAAUGAAGAUGUGCACUGCUCUAAGUGACAGUGGGGUGAUCUUAGUAUGUCACAGAAACUAAACAUUAGAAUUGUUAUAAGCCCUCUGUGUCUGCAAAAAAGGAAGAGGAAAAACCAGUGAAUGGACAAUCAUGGGAUAUUUGAAGGUUACAGAAUCAUCUCCCCCUUUUCACCUACCUCUAAUACAGUAUGUCCUUAGACAACUUUGUCAUACUUACCCAUGAUACCACAGUAGCUUAUUUUAUACAGUUUAUAAAUAUCUUCCCUUUGGUAUGUCACUUUAUAUCACUUGGUUCUACUCAUUAAAAAAAAACAAUCUUUCUAUAAGCAAAAUGAUUGACCAAAGUAUGUCUGCAGCCAUUGUGACCUCUUACAUUUUUCAGAAAUGGCUGUGGAUGUUUUACUGGAAAACAAAGCGCUUGCUGUUGUUUUUAAGAGUUGUUACAAUUUUCUGACAACAGGAAAUGCAUUUCCUUUCUAGGAAUUUCCUGACAGCAAAACUUAAUUGUAUAAUAAACAAUGCUCUUCCUCCAAGAAAUUCUCACAGAGGGAGCAUCUCAGCAGCCAUGCAGAUGAACAAUAGCUGCUAGUCUUUAAAUAAAAUAAAGGCAUAUAUUAUUUUGUAGAAGCAAGUUAUAGAACCAAAAAUUACAGUUCAGAUAACUCAGAUAUUUUGAGACUGUUCUCAGCUGCUUUCUCUGUUAUUUUCUGUAUGGCUUCCAUGUGAAAUCUAACAAUGUGUAAUGUACCUACAUCUACUGAAGAGACUAUAAAAGGUCAAAAAACACAGCAAGCCGUUAAUAGUAUUUGAUCAGUGUUUUGUCCACCAUAUCUAACUCUGGUAUCCAUUUUACCAGUAGAAGUUUGUAAAAAAAAAUCAGUUUGUUUCAUUGUGUUUUAAAAAACUGUAGAAGUCAUUCACAUUUUGUACACCUUGCAUAUUUUGGAGAAUUAAGGGUCACAGGGAAGUUAAACCACGUCAGGAUGUGGUGGAUAUAACCAGUCUCAGUAAGACUGUUUCCACAGAGUAGGUAGAAGCUCUUAAUGUUUUUCAGCAACUCUUUCCAGAUCACGUUGUUAUCUGACAGAAGAUCUGCCACUGCACAAGGCCAUUUCAUUGUAGGCAAGUAACAGAUAGUGGGCUGAUCCAAGGCCCAUUGAAGUCCUUUCUUUUGAUCCAAAGCCCCCAAAAGAAUAAACGUUGCUUAAAGUCUACAUAAACCUGCUGAUGCACCUAAUAGAACCUAGAUUUAGACCAAAAUAGAUUCUGACCCAGACCUUAUCCACCAGUUUGUCCACAUGGUGUGAGUGUAUGUAAUUAGGUGUCUGUUUUUAAGUCAGGAUUUUCAAAAGAGCCUAAGGAACUGAGGGAAUCUGACUCCUUUAGACUCUUCUGAAAAUCUCAGUCUUUGACAUCACCAGUAAGUCAGUAAAGGAAACUGGUUUGUUUGCAAAGCCCAAAAGGGAAAUUUCCCUUCAGGCUGGCAUAAGCAUGUAUUUGGGACUCUGAACUCUAGAAAGCAGAUAGUCAUUUUCAAAUAGCAGAGAAUUACUACAGCUGUACAUUUGGAACUUGGAGAAAUGUCUAUUUUUGUACAAUAUAUUAAUUAUACUAAUAGAAACAGGACAUAUUAAUUUGUGAUAAUUGAAUGUGUGGGUAUGUUACUAGAUAUAAGACCAACUGCUGUUGUCAAGAGUAGUGUGGCCUUAUUGCUAGAAAUGGUCCUGGACAAAAAAUAUUGAUUUUUUUUAGAAUUCCUACACUGAAUUGAAUGAAAUGAAUCUAAACAGACACUGACCAUCCCAAAACUUUUGGACAGUUCAGAUCCAAACUUUCCAUCUCUGUUCAUUACAAAGAAAGACUAUGCCCACAGUGUCAGUGUCACUUCUAAAAUUACAUUACUUAUGAAGACAGAAUGUCCAAGCAGUUGUGUUUGAAUUAUAUUUCUCAUAUAUUAAACAGUGAUGAGUAAACUUUUUUUGGAUGUUAUACAAAUUCCAGAAAAUGAAACCACAAAGGAUUCUAAAUUUAAAGCAUUGUUAGAUCAAAUGUAUAUUUUUCCUAGAGUUUUGUGUAACAAGUAGGUAUCAGAACAAACCAAAUAGUGAAUAUUUCCCUCUCAUGGUCACCCAUCCUUUAACUAAAAUUAGUUUUUCUAACUCAUGUAGCACCUUAGUGGGAUAGCCAAAUACAUAAAAUUGGGCAACUGAGUGUGGAGUAGGGGAAACUGGAUUGUCAGAUCUUCAGACUGAUGUUCAAGAGUUGAUUCCCUUGAAGUUGUAGAGAAAAUGUGAGGGGGAGUAGACAACAAUCUCACAAUGGGACUGAUUCAAAGCUCACUGCCUUCAAUGGGCUUUGGUUCAAACUCUGAUUAGGGGCGUGAGAUUUGUCUUUGUGCAUGUGCGUGGAAUGUUCCCUGUCUCUCCCCACAGCUGCAUCACGAGCAAGUGUCACAAAGACACUUGAAAUCAGUGAAGUUACACCAGAGAUGAAUUUGGCCCUUGCUCAGAGGCAACCUUUCACAGUAAAAGGCAGUGCUAGAGGAAACUUAUGAAGUGAACAUGGACUGCUCAGGUGCAGGAGAGGGAGGACUCAAAGGAAGAGGAGCAACUUCCUUAGAAGUCUCCAGGCCAAAUCUUGUGGUGGUAUAACUAAUAGUUUAAGUUAGGCAUCAGGAGUAAGUUGGCCAGAACGCAGGUGAAAGUAGUAAGAUAGUAUAAAUUCCAUCGAUUUAGCAUUCAGUGAAUAUGCAAAACAAGUGUAAUUUACACACUGAGGGGGCCAAGAGUGGCAUAGCAAGAAAAGAAGCUAACAGGAUGGUGAAAAGUAAGGUAAGUUUGCCUGCUUUAUUUUACACCCUCCUUUUAGCUGCUUUCUUCACAUGUCAGUUACAUUUCUUUUGUGCAUCUGCUGAAUGCAAUUUUGGUGCAAGUUACAUGACUUUAUCAUUUUGACUCAUGUUUUGACCAACUUAAUCCCUAAGUAUUCAAUUAAUAUUUUACAUCACAGUUUAUAUCACUGCUGAGUUUUGCCCAAAGUGCUUCAGAAAAUGCUUCUAGCUAAUGGAAACCCAAUUCAAAAACUCCAAAUAAUGUACUCUAUAUAGAAGUGAAACAUAGAAGGAAUCUCCUUUAGUGUCUCCAGUGCUAAAUUAACAGCUGAUGUAUUGGGAUUCAGUUCCAUUGUCUUCCACUCAUAUCACUAUUAUUUGGUAGUCUUACACUAAAUAAGACAUCACAUUCUUAGAAUAAUUAUUUUCAUUAUGACAAAGGUUAUCACGUUUGAUCUGAGCUGAUCAAGAAAUUCAACUUAGUCACCUUCCUGUGGAAACAGUUUUAUCCCAUGGGGAGGGGGGGGGAAGAAAGGGGGGAGUUAGGGAGUUAAUCACAAAUGUAAAAAAAGCAACACAGCACUGAAAAUAAAUAAUUUAUUAUUUUUACAACUGGUAUGUGAAUGGAUGUAAUGAAUUUAUUUAUUCUUAUUUAACAAAAUUAACAAUUGUGCAAAUUCUAUAUUUAAAAUGUUUUGCUAUCAUCUUUUCUUUUCUUUUUUUUAUUUAUGCUUUGUAUUUGUGUGGAAAGUACACUUUGUGAGUUUACAUGAUGUGUAGCACUGGUUGCUUUUGAGUUUUGUUUGUUUUGUUUGGUUGUUUUUUUAACGAAAGUUUUCUGCAUGAAAUAGGUGUGUGUGUACACAUAUGCACACACACUGUAUAUAUGUAUAUUCAUUUUCUGCUACCAGAUUUUUCCUUUCCAAAAGAAGUUAUGAUUUUUAAUUUUUGUGAAACAGUGUGCAAAGCUCCUUGAUCUACUUAAUGUGCUUCUAAAGUCUCAUAACAACCAAAUCGUAGAGCCCAUUGACCUAAAAAUCACUGAACCAGAAGUGCCAGAUUCUCAUUUCAGAUGCACGCAUACAGAUUCUCUUAGAGGCCUCAAUCAUUGACCAUUCAAGUCAAUGGGAGUUGCCAUUUAAUUCAAUGGAAGCAGGAGCAGGCCCAUAAUGAAUGGGAGAUGUGUAUAUGCUUCCAACAGUAAAAUUUGUCUGAGUUGUCGAGAUGGUGUGUGAGCGUUCAGUCGCACAACCGCUUGUACUUUAAUGUGGACACUAUGAAAAGUUCUUCCUUUGUGCCUUUUAGAAAAUUUACCCCAAAUACUGUAGGAUUUGAUUUACAGUGACAUAUGCUACUUUUCCAAUCACAUCAGCACUAGUAGUUCAAUACUAUCAUCUUCCUAUCAUCAGGUAUAAUGAAAAGCCAACCAGAAACACUUGCUUCAUUUUAGUUUUAUUAUUUUCUAGCCAUGCAUACUAUAUUGGACUUCAAAAAGGCACACAAAAAAGUCAUCCAAAUGUGCAUUUGCCAAAAAGCCCACAAUAUGUCCCUAUGAGCUCUCAUUGCUUCCACUAUUUGUCUGAUUCAACUCCAGUUGAAGUCAAUGGGAGUUGGACUGGGCCCUAUUUGAGGAGAAAUUAGCAAUGUAAGCAAACUUACAACAUCUGUACAGUCAUUUAUUUAAUGAUGCAAAAUAACCUUCUGAUCACUCCAGCUUAAUGCUAGUGCCAUACAAAGCAAACAACCUAGUCCAAAUUAUUCAGUUGUGUAUCAUUUAUAUAGUGUGUACAGUUCUCCCUCACUUAGGACUGAUCCAAAGUCCACUGAAGUCAAUUAAAGCCUGUUCAUUGAUUUCAGGGAGCUUUGAAUCAGACUCUAAAAAUAGACUUGUGGGGAAGGAGAGUUAAUCAUUUUGUCCUACCGAGCAAUCUUUUUUGGAUAAACAUUCUCCUCUUAUUAAAACUGAUAAGAAAAAUUAUAUGUUGUCCUCCGCAAAGAAAUGAUAGGAGCAAGGAGCACCUUGCUAUAUUGGUGUAGCCAAAAUUGAACAUUCUCUAAGUGAGGACUGCAAUUUGC